AUGUCCGACUCAAACGAUGUGACAAGUGACGAGCCCAUGACUUCGGCGACUGCUCCAAAUUUAACUGCCCAAGUUAUCUUGUCCAGCACUGCUCAAGACACUCCCACCAUCUUGACUUCGCCUCGUACAGACCCGACCCGCCCGCCUCACCACCACCAUUCAAGUUCAACCAGUCUCUCGCAGAGCAAAAGUAGACGAUCCCUGGCGUCGCUGGCGCGUGAGAAGACCUCCAACGCUUUCGCCAACUUCGCCUCCCUGGGCACCAAUUCGACGCCCGGUCUGCGGUCGGCGACCUCGUCGGGGAGCCUGUCCAAACAUUCCGCAUCUUUGGGGGGUUUACGACCAACUCUGCCGCGGUCACCAACGUCUCCCGAAGUGCAAGUUGCAGCGCAAUCGCGCAGGACAAGCGGAGUGCCACCGCUGGCCAGUCAAGAACCAAGAACCAGUAUCGCCACCGCCCCUCCAAUGCCGAAUCCGGACCGGAGAGAUGGCAAGAUGCACCAGACAUCUUCCAAGAUCCUGCGCAUGACCGACGAUGAGAGACCUUUCACUAGAGAUUUCCAAGACUUGUUCGCAACUCUGAUCACCAGUCUUCCGCUUACGCCCCAUCGUGUCAGGUUCUCCAGGGUCGAAGAAACGUUCUUAUCAGAAGAGGCUAUCACUAACUUGGGCUCUCUGAAAUUCUCUCAGUCUAACCGGAUACCUGACCCCAAGAAUCCGUCCAGAUGGGUCGUUACCACUACGACAACCACGUUCUCCAUGGCCAAGGAAAUGGCACGCUCGGUCUGCCAGCGUUUUGUAGACGCACGGCUGAUUGAGUCUGCUGAGUCAAAAACCAACACAGCGUUUGUGACCAAAGGUGGUGUUUGGCAACUCACUCCCAAAGGCUCAGCAACUUUACACCGUUUCUGCAGCCGCAAUGGCAUCAACGCACGGCACAUCGAACCGGUACUUCGUCGGAGCCAGAUGCAGAUGGUUUCUUUGGAACGAGAUCCUGCUACCGAUAAACUCGUACAGGAUCGGCCAACGAUUGAGAUCAUCUUUCGCAGAUUUAUGGGCUCGGAAGGUCCAAAUCUGAAGAGCUCUACGUCUCUGUCUGACUCAGACUCCGUGUCGGAGUAUGCUACAGGACUCGUGGGUAUCAAGAUGGCCAAGGAACGGAGGGUUUUGGAUAAGCUGGUGAAUAACACCUUCACUGGCAAAGCAGCGUCCGACUGGUUACUAGACUGUUGUACCACCAUCGAUCGAAGAGAGACGUAUGAGAUGGCCGAGCUGUUCGUCAAGUGGCAGUUGAUGGUUCCUGUAGUGGAGGACAGGGCCUACGUCCGCGCGAACCCAAUGGCGACAUACUUCCAACCGACGAAGCACGCUAUCUACACCAUAACCGAGAGAGGGCAGCGGGUUUGUGGUUGGCUUGCGCGACCUCCGAGUAUCGACAGUGAGGAUAGUCGGGAUAUCAAAGACCCCAAGAGCCGGCUUACAAAGGAUUCUAAUGUCAAUCGACUCAAUGUCAUCCUCCAAGAUGCGGCUCUUCGGCUAUUGUUCAAGGAAUUUCUCCGACAGUCCCUCUGCGAGGAGAACUUGCAGUUCUAUUUCGACGUGUCGGAUUUCACCAGCAAUUAUCGUGCUCUCGAGAAGGCAGGGAAGUUGGACCGGCCCGAUGCCGUCAGGGAGACACUAGCUGCAGCUUAUGGCCUGUACAACUCGUUUCUUGCGUCUGGAGCACCCUCUGAGCUCAACAUCGACCAUUCCCUCCGCAACCGACUCGACAGCCGCAUGAUUCGCACCAACACAGAUGAGGAAUCAAUGCGUGGAAGUCUUGAAGAGGUGGUGGAAUUGUUUGAGCUUGCCCAAAACGUUGUCUUCAAGCUCAUGGCCAGUGAUUCCGUACCCAAAUUCCUGCGAGAUCCCAGACACGCCGCCGUCCUUCGAGAUCACGAAAUAGAUUUGAUUGGCUCGAACCGGACACUUUCACCUGGCCCCGAACGAACAAUCUCCGAACGGACAAUACCCGAACGAACGGUAAGUCGAUCGAAUACAAGAUCAUGA